CUGUCUUUACUCAUUGCUUUGAAUACUACUCAAGCAAGCAGCAGGGUUAUUGUGUAUGAGGGAUUCAGAUAGUAUAAGUCUGUGCUGAGAGAUACUGCACUCCACAACUGAAGGACAAAGCCAGAAGAUGAGAGUCAGCCCGGUGAUAGCCUCUCUUCUCUGCUUCACCACAUGGAUGAGCAUGGUCCAUGCAAGCAUUGGACCGAUGGCCGGCUGUUGUUACUGGAGGUCUAACACUGAAGUCUCACUUGAUCGAAUUGUGGGUUACACCAAUCAGUCUAAAGGCCUCUGUCCAAUCACGGCCGUAGUGUUUCAGACAAAGCGUGGAAAGAGGAUUUGCUCCGACCCUGACAGUGACUGGGCACUAAAAGCCAUUCGGAAGGUGGACAAGGAGAAAGAAAUAAAAGCGUUGCAGAAGAUGGGAGGGAUUAAAGGCUCAAGCAGCAUCACACCAGCAGUUUCUACUACUGCAACACAUGCACCAGAGAAGGAACGCUAACGGGGGAGGGGGCAAAGAAACCGUGUGAGAAAGACAAAUCAAAGUUACCACAGUUAGCAAAAAUAACUCUUUAUAUCAGGUCCAGCUAUAUUGCAAGAAUAGCAAACAAACCUGAAAC